AUGGACAGUGGUGGACCGAGCAUGUCGGGGGAGGAAGACAUUGAUCUUUACGAGCUCCUCGGUAUUGAUAAGGAUGCUUCGCAGGAUCAGAUUAAGAAGGCAUACCGAAAGGCUGCCCUUCUUCACCAUCCCGACAAAGUCCCCGAGGAACGUAGAGAGGAGUCGGAAGCCAAGUUCAAGGCUGUCAGCCAGGCCUACGAAAUUCUCAAAGAUGAGGACAAGCGUCACCUCUACGACACCCACGGCAUGGCCGCAUUCGACCCCUCGCGAGGCGGUCCCGGCGGUCCCGGUGGCGUCGAGGUCGACUUGAACGACAUCCUGUCACAAAUGUUUGGCAUGGGCAUGGGCGGCCCCGGUGGUCCUGGCGGUCCUGGCGCUGGUCCCAGAAGACCCCGUCGCGGUCCCGAUGAGGACCAGCCUUACAAAGUCACGCUCGAGGAGUUAUACAAGGGCAAGACUGUCAAGUUCUCCGCGAACAAGCAGGUUGUCUGCGGCACCUGCAAGGGAUCCGGCGCCAAAGCAAACGUCAAGCCCCAGCAGUGCGAGAAGUGCAGAGGCGCCGGUAUGGCAGAGGCUUUCCGCCAGGUCGGCCCGGGUAUGGUCCGCAAAGAGACCGUUAUUUGCGAUCGCUGCGAGGGAUCCGGCAACUUUUGCAAGGAGAAGGACCGCUGCAAGAAGUGCAAGGGCAAGCGCACGACGUCCGAGACCAAGGUGCUUGAGAUCUACAUCCCCAGAGGUUCUCAGAAUGGAGAGAGGAUCGUGCUGGAGGGCGAGGCGGACCAAUUCCCCGAUCAAACCCCGGGAGACAUUGUUUUCCACUUGGCAGAGGAGCCCCAUGACGACUUCACCCGCAUCGGCAACGACCUAUCUGCCGAGCUGACUGUCACCCUGGCUGAGGCUCUCGGCGGCUUUUCUCGUGUUGUGUUGACGCACCUAGACGGCCGCGGCAUUCACAUGGAGAGGCAACGCGGCGAGAUCCUCCGCCCUGGUGACAUCCUCAAGGUCGCUGGCGAAGGUAUGCCUCAGAAGCGCGGCGAAGAGAAGGGUGAUUUGUACCUGAUUGUCAACGUCGAGUUCCCCGAGGAUGGCUGGUUGAAGGAUGAUAAGGAGUACGAUGCUCUGAACAAGCUCCUCCCUCCCCCGCCUGCCCCUAUCACAGCCGAGGAGGUUGAUGAGGUUGAGUACGAGGAGGUGGACAGCCUGGAUUCGAUGGGCGCCAACUCGGGAGACCCGCGUUUCGGUGGCGAAUGGGAGGACGAGGACGAGGACGACGGCCAGCCUCAGUGCCAGCCUCAGUAG